CCCGGAGCGAAGCCCGCCUAAGGCCCACCCACCUCCGCAAGGCCGCCUUGCCUUGCCUUGCCCACCGCACUACCAUGGCUGGGGGCCGCGGGGCCCACGGGCGUGGCCUGGACGAGCCGCCGGAGAGCUACCCACAGCGACAGGACCACGAGCUGCAGGCCCUGGAGGCCAUCUACGGCUCCGACUUCCAGGACCUGCGGCCGGACGCGUGCGGACGGGUCAAAGAGCCUCCUGAAAUCAAUUUAGUUCUAUACCCUCAGGGCUUGACUGGUGAAGAAGUAUAUGUGAAAGUGGAUUUGAGAGUGAAAUGCCCACCCACCUAUCCAGAUGUAGUCCCUGAAAUAGCAUUAAUGAAUGCCAAAGGUCUGUCAAAUGAAACUGUUAAUUUGUUAAAGUCCCGCCUAGAAGAAGUGGCCAAAAAACAUUGUGGCGAGGUGAUGAUAUUUGAACUGGCUUACCAUGUGCAGUCAUUCCUCUGCGAGCACAACAAGCCCCCUCCCAAGUCUUUUCAUGAAGAAAUGCUGGAAAGGCGGGCUCAGGAGGAGCAACGGAGGCAGUUAGAGGCCAAGCGGAAAGAGGAAGAGGAGCAACGUAAAAUCCUUCAUGAGAUUCAGAGAAGGAAAGAAGAGAUAAAAGAAGAGAAAAAAAGGAAAGAAAUGGCUAAGCAGGAACGUUUAGAAAUAGCUAGUUUGUCAAACCAAGAUCAUACCUCUAGGAAAGACCCAGGAGGACACAGAACAGCUGCCAUUCUACAUGGAGGCUCUCCUGACUUUAUAGGAAAUGGUAAACAUCGGACCAACUCAUCUGGAAGGUCUAGGCGAGAACGUCAGUAUUCUGUGUGUAGUAGUGAAGAUUCUCCUGGCUCUUGUGAAAUCCUGUAUUUCUCUAUGGGUAGUCCUGAUCAGCUCAUGGUGCACAAAGGGAAAUGUAUUGGCAGUGAUGAGCAGCUUGGAAAAUUAGUUUACAAUGCUUUGGAAACAGCCACUGGCGGCUUUGUCUUGUUGUAUGAGUGGGUUCUUCAAUGGCAGAAAAAAAUGGGUCCAUUCCUUACCAGUCAAGAAAAAGAGAAGAUUGAUAAGUGCAAAAAGCAGAUUCAAGGGGCAGAAGCGGAAUUCAACUCACUGGUAAAAUUGAGCCAUCCAAACAUAGUUCGCUACUUUGCAAUGAAUCUCAAAGAGCAAGACGAUUCCAUUGUGGUGGACAUUUUAGCGGAGCACACUAAUGGGGUCUCCCUCUCGGCCCACCUAAGCCACUCGGGCCCUAUCCCCGGGCAUCAGCUUCGCAGGUACGCGACUCAGCUCUUGUCAGGCCUUGAUUAUUUGCACAGCAAUUCCGUGGUGCACAAGGUUCUGAGUGCAUCGAAUGUCUUAGUGGAUGCAGAGGGCACCAUCAAGAUUACAGACUACAGCAUUUCUAAGCGCCUAGCAGACAUUUGCAAGGAGGACGUGUUUGAGCAAACGCGGGUUCGUUUUAGUGACAGUGCCCUACCUUAUAAAACGGGGAAGAAAGGGGAUGUUUGGCGUCUUGGCCUUCUGCUGCUCUCCCUCAGCCAAGGACAGGAGUGUGAAGAGUACCCUGUGACCAUCCCUAGUGACUUACCAGCUGACUUUCAAGAUUUUCUAAAGAAGUGUGUCUGCUUAGAUGACAAGGAAAGAUGGAGUCCUCAGCAGUUGUUAAAACACAGCUUUAUAAAUCCUCAGCCAAAAAUACCUUUACUGGAACAAAGUCCCGAAGAUUCUGGAGGACAAGAUUACGUGGAGACUGUUAUUCCCAGCAACCAGCUACCCAGUGCUGCGUUCUUCAGUGAGACACAGAGACAAUUUUCCCGCUACUUCAUUGAGUUUGAAGAAUUACAGCUUCUUGGCAAAGGAGCUUUUGGAGCUGUCAUCAAGGUGCAGAACAAGCUGGACGGCUGCUGCUACGCGGUGAAGCGCAUCCCCAUCAACCCGGCCAGCAGGCACUUCCGCAGGAUCAAGGGCGAGGUGACACUGCUGUCGCGCCUGCACCAUGAGAACAUCGUGCGCUACUACAACGCCUGGAUCGAGAGGCACGAGCGGCCGGCGGGCCCCGCGACGCCGCCCCCAGACGCGGGGCCCCAGGCCCUGGACGGGCGAGCCUUGCCCCGACUGCCCAUCAGCGACAGCGACACGGACGGCCCGGGCAGCGUGGAGGCGGCCGCGCCGCCGCCCAUCCUCAGCAGCUCGGUGGAGUGGAGCACAUCGGCUGAGCGCUCGGGCAGCGCCCGCUUCCCCGCCGCCGGCCCGGACUCCAGCAGCGACGAGGAUGACGACGAGGAGCACGACGGCGUCUUCUCACAGUCCUUCCUACCUGCUUCAGAUUCUGACAGUGAUAUCAUCUUUGACAAUGAAGAUGAGAACAGUAAAAGUCAGAAUCAGGAUGAAGAUUGCAAUGGAAAGAACAGUUGCCAUGAAAGUGAGCCACCGGCAACCACUGAGGCUGUGCACUACCUCUACAUCCAGAUGGAGUACUGUGAAAAGAGCACUUUACGUGACACAAUUGACCAGGGACUAUAUCGAGACACCGUCAGGCUCUGGAGGCUUUUCCGAGAGAUUCUGGAUGGAUUGGCUUAUAUCCAUGAAAAAGGAAUGAUUCACCGAGAUUUGAAGCCUGUCAACAUUUUUUUGGAUUCUGAUGACCAUGUAAAAAUAGGUGAUUUUGGUUUAGCGACAGACCAUCUAGCCUUUGCUGCUGACGGCAAACAAGAUGAUACAUCAGGAGAUCACUUGAUUAAAUUAGACCCUUCAGGUCAUUUGACUGGGAUGGUUGGCACUGCUUUAUAUGUAAGCCCAGAGGUCCAAGGCAGCACCAAAUCUGCAUACAACCAGAAAGUGGAUCUCUUCAGCCUGGGAAUUAUCUUCUUUGAGAUGUGCUAUCAUCCCAUGGUCACAGCCUCAGAAAGGAUCUUUGUUCUCAACCAACUCAGAGAUCCUACUUCGCCUAAGUUUCCAGAAGACUUCGAUGAUGGAGAGCACACAAAGCAGCUGUUACCACUGAUUCGAACUGAGUUGUUCCCCAUGUUUUGGGGUGUCAUAAGAAAUAUUCAUAUCCCAGCCUUUCCCUGUAACAAGAAAUCUGUCAUCUCCUGGCUGUUGAACCACGAUCCGGCAGAGCGGCCCACAGCCACAGAGCUGCUCAGGAGCGAACUGCUGCCUCCGCCCCAGAUGGAGGAGUCGGAGCUGCACGAGGUGCUGCACCGCACCCUGGCCAAUGUGGGCGGGAAGGCCUACCGCACGGUGAUGGCCCAGACCUUCUCCCAGCGCAUCUCCCCCGCCGUCGAUUACACCUACGACAGCGACAUACUGAAGGGCAGCUUCUCCAUCCGUACAGCCAAGAUACAGCAACACGUGGGUGAAACCAUUAUCCGCAUCUUCAAAAGACAUGGAGCUGUCCAAUUGUGUACCCCACUGCUGCUUCCCCGAAAUAGGCAAAUAUACGAGCACAAUGAAGCUGCCUUAUUCAUGGACCACAGCGGGAUGCUGGUGAUGCUUCCUUUCGACCUGCGGGUUCCUUUUGCAAGAUACGUGGCAAGAAAUAAUAUCUUGAAUUUAAAACGGUACUGCAUAGAACGCGUGUUCAGACCUCGCAAAUUAGACCGAUUUCAUCCCAAAGAACUUCUGGAAUGUGCGUUUGAUAUCGUCACCUCUACCACCAACAGCUCUCUGCCCACCGCUGAAAUCAUCUACACCAUCUAUGAAAUCAUCCAGGAGUUUCCAGCACUUCAGGAAAGAAACUACAGUAUUUACUUGAACCAUACCAUGUUACUGAAAGCAAUACUCUUACACUGUGGGAUCCCAGAAGAUAAACUCAAUCAAGUCUAUGUUAUUCUGUAUGAUGCUGUGACUGAAAAGCUGACGAGGAGAGAAGUGGAAGCUAAAUUUUGUAAUCUGUCUUUGUCAUCGAAUAGUCUGUGUCGACUCUACAAAUUUAUUGAGCAGAAGGGAGAGCUGCAAGAUCUGACACCAACAAUAAAUUCAUUAAUAAAACAGAAAACGGGUGUUGCCCAGUUGGUGCAGUAUGGCUUAAAAGAUCUAGAGGAGGUUGUGGGACUGUUGAAGAAACUUGGCAUAAAGUUACAGGUCUUGAUCAAUUUGGGCUUGGUUUACAAAGUGCAACAGCACAGCGGAAUCAUCUUCCAGUUUGUGGCGUUCAUCAGACGGAGGCAAAGGGCUAUAUCUGAAAUCCUUGCAGCUGGUGGCAGAUAUGACCUGCUGAUUCCCCUGUUUAGAGGACCACAGGCUCUGGGGCCGGUUCCUACUGCUAUUGGGGUCAGCAUAGCCAUAGACAAGAUAACUGCUGCUGUCCUCAACAUGGAAGAACCUGUUACAGUAAGCUCUUGUGACCUCCUCGUUGUAAGUGUUGGCCAGAUGUCCAUGUCCAGGGCCAUCAACCUAACCCAGAAACUCUGGUCAGCGGGAAUCACAGCAGAAAUCAUGUAUGACUGGUCACAGUCCCAAGAGGAGUUACAAGAGUACUGCAGACAUCAUGAAAUCACCUAUGUGGCCCUUGUCUCCGAUAAAGAAGGAAACCAUGUCAAGGUUAAGUCUUUUGAGAAGGAAAGGCAAACAGAGAAACGUGUGCUGGAGUCUGAUCUCGUGGACCAUGUUGUACAGAAACUGAGGACUAAAGUCAGUGAUGAAAGGACUAUCAGAGAAGCUUCCGAUAAUCUUGCAGUACAAAAUCUGAAGGGGUCAUUUUCUAAUGCUUCAGGUUUGUUUGAAAUCCAUGGAGCAACAGUUUUUCCCAUUGUGAGCGUGGUAGCCCCAGAGAAGCUGUCAGCCAGCACUAGGAGGAGGUAUGAAACUCAGGUACAAACCCGACUUCAGACCUCCCUUGCUAACUUGCAUCAGAAAAGCAGUGAAAUUGAGAUUUUGGCUGUGGAUCUACCCAAAGAAACAAUCUUACAGUUUCUAUCAUUAGAGUGGGAUGCUGAUGAACAGGCAUUUAACACAACUGUGAAGCAGCUGCUGUCACGCCUGCCAAAGCAAAGAUACCUCAAAUUAGUCUGUGAUGAAAUUUAUAACAUCAAAGUAGAAAAAAAGGUGUCUGUGCUGUUCCUGUAUAGCUACAGAGAUGACUACUACAGAAUCUUAUUUUAAUCCUAAAGAACGAACGAUCAUUACAUUGUUCAAACAGACAGGAGCUUAUACUAUAAAAUGUUGUACAUUCAUUGUUUUAAAUUAGCUUUAUGUUCUAAGAAGCUGUCCUACAGAGUUGAGCUUUGUAGGUUUUUCAUGUGUAAUAUAUUAUAAAUUUAUCUUUUGAAUAUAAUAAAUGUUUUCAUAUA